CUGGUGCAAUUCCUGCUCAGCAGGUAUCUUGCCAAGGAGCCAAUCACAGAGGCAGAAGUGCUGAAUAGUGCCUUCAAAGAUUACCAGGACCAUUUUCUGGUGGUCCUCGGUCAAGCCUCACAGUACCUGCAGCUUGUCUUUGGCUUGGAGGUGAAGGAGGUGGACCCCAGUGAGCAUACCUAUAUCCUGGUCCCCUCCCUGGGCCUCACCCUCAAGGAGAUGCUGAGGGAUGGGCAUAGGUUGCCCAAGGCUAGCCUCCUGGUGGUGAUCCUGUGCCUGAUUGCUGUGGAGGAUGUCGUGUCCCUGAGGAGGAGAUCUGGGCAGCAAUCAGCAAGAUGGGGGGUGCCCACAGCAGGUGACCCCCAUGAUUACUCCCUGGAUCCAAACAUGGAUUCAAGGGAGGCUUUGGAGAAGCAGGGUGACCAACCCGAGAGCCCAAAUCCGGGCUCCCAAGUAUACCUGACCCCACAGGGCCCCAACCCAGAAAUGGUCAACAAGGAAGAUAACAACACCGUCCUUGGGCUGUCCUUCCCCAGGAAGCUCUGGAUGAUCAUGGAGGAUGUGGCCUUCACCUUUGUGCACUGGAACGACAAGGGAGACACUGUGGUCACUGAGGCAAAUCUCUUCCAGAUGGCGGUCCUCCAGUUCAGGGGCGCAGACCAGAUCUACAAGACAGACAGCAUCAAGAGCUUCAUUCGUGAAAUGAACCUGUAUGGGUUCAGUAAAAUCUGCCCUUCGAGAUGCUCUGCAGGGAAGAAGAAGCUGAUGAUCUAUCGCAACUCCAAUUUUCAGAGAGACAAGCCUCUCCUCCUGCAGAACAUACAGAGGAAAGGCAACCCCAGAACAACGUCUCAGCCUGCCACUGGAACAACAGCGACCCCAAAGAGAAAGAAGCGAGUGAUGGCGACCAGACACUCUCCCCGACUCCACCACGAGUUCACCCAAGAGACUGGCAACAAAGUCCAGAAGGCAAUGCCCACUGCUUGCAGAAACCCCAGCCAGUGCUUAUUUGUGUUUUCUGACCUUUGGUCUAUGGGUAGUGUAGCCAGCCAGGCUGGGGGAAACCAUCUCCCCAGUGAGCAGGGUGGCCCCAGUGGAGAAGGCCCAUCCAACAGUGCCACAUCCGUGCCCCCAGCUACUGCUGGAAGGGACAGCCCAGGGGAACUGCCUGAGAGCCCCCCAGUGUACCCAGACUACGAAUCGCUGAUGACUUUGUACAGCGCUUGUUACUCCAUCCUGAUGGCGGGCCUUUUAGUCAUGGCCCCAGAUGAAGCCCCUGAGUCAGAGGAGGAGCAGCGAGAUUCCUCAGAUUAUAAGUGCGCCCUCUGUGAGCAGGUCAAGAACAAGCCGAAUCCCUGA